AAAAUAAAAUAAAAAAUCGGCGAUGACUGGAUGAGUCGACUCGUGGCAAUUGCGACGAGGACACGCACUCGUCCCCCAUUUGACGGGUCCAAAAUUAAACGUACCUAAAUUUCAACCACCCUUUUUCCGCCCUUAUAAUUUCACUGCCCACAAGGAACCUUUACCCCCACAAACUAAUUGAAACAUUACAGACAACCAAAACAAAGAAAAACCCAUAAAAAGGAGAGGCUAUUCUCAAUUACUUUCCUUUCGGUGGCGCGUAUUAUCCACCCGCCGAAAAUGGGCCAAUCUCCUCCCGUCGUUUUGGGCAGAGUAAACUCCCUCUGCGAUUCCUUUACCUUCUUAUCCUCUUCUGCUUUCAUUUCUGGGGAGGGAUUUCGCGACCAAAUCGCGGUGGAGAUCGUGGAUUAUACCGCUGAGUUACCCGAUGAGUGUUUGGCUUUCGUUUUCCAGUUUCUUGGACCCGGUGAUCGGAACCGGUGUUCACUAGUCUGCAAGCGGUGGUUUCGCGUUGACGGUUGGAGCCGCCACCGUUUAUCUCUCAACGCUCAAUCUGAAAUCGUUUCUUCUUUGCCUUCUUUGUUUACCCGUUUCGAUUCCGUUACCAAGCUCGCUUUACGGUGUAGUCGUAAAUCGAUCAGCUUGACGGAUGACUCUUUGCUUACGAUCUCGAUCCGUUGCCGUAACCUCACACGGUUGAAGCUCCGCGGUUGCCGCGAAAUCACCGACGAAGGAAUGUCGACAUUUGCUAAGAAUUCAAAAAAAUUACGAAAACUCUCUUGUGGCUCUUGCAUGUUCGGCGCUAAAGCUUUAAACGCCGUCCUUGAUCAUUGUGCGAAUUUAGAAGAGUUAUCGGUAAAAAGGCUUAGAGGAAUCCACGACGGAGCUGAGCCGAUCGGACCUGGAGCCGCGGCUUCUUCGUUGAAAAUGAUUUGCUUGAAAGAGCUCGUUAACGGUCAGUCUUUUGCACCGCUUGUGGUUGGAUCAAAAAACCUUAAAACUUUGAAAAUUAUUCAUUGUUUAGGUGAUUGGGAUAGUGUUCUUCAAUUAAUUGGAAACCGAAAUCAAAACUAUAAAGAGAAUUUAAACUGCGAUAUCAAUUACGGCAGUAGUGAUAGCAAUAGCAAUCCUUUAAUGGAAAUUCACCUUGAGAGGCUCCAAGUAAGUGAUAUAGGCUUAUCAGCCAUUUCAAAAUGCACCAAAAUUGAGAAUUUGCAUAUUGUGAAAACCCCCGAGUGUUCGAAUUAUGGACUUGUUUGUGUAGCUGAGAAUUGUAAGCUACUGAGGAAGCUUCAUAUUGAUGGAUGGAGAACUAACAGGAUUGGUGAUGAGGGUUUGAUUGCUGUAGCCAAGCAUUGUUCUAAUUUACAAGAACUUGUUUUGAUUGGUGUUAAUGCUACCCAUGUGAGCUUAUCGGCCAUUGCAUGUAAUUGUUCAAAGCUCGAGAGGUUAGCUCUUUGUGGGAGUGGAACUAUUGGUGAUACAGAGAUUGCAUGCAUUGCUGCAAAAUGUAUGGCCUUGAAGAAACUUUGUAUCAAGGGAUGUCCGAUUUCAGAUAUAGCCAUCGAAGCACUCGGUUCCGGUUGUCCCAAUUUGGUAAAAAUUAAGGUGAGGAAAUGUAGAGGAGUGAGCAGUGAUGCCGGCGAAUGGUUGCGUGAACAAAGGGGAUCGAUGUUGAUCAAUAUGGAUGCUUGCGACACAGAUUGUGGGUUCGAGGCUAGUGUCAGUGACAUUGGAGUUCAUGAAACCGGUGUGGAGGUUGGCCAAGUAACCGCUGUUGGUGCUUCCACGAGCAGCAAUGGUAGGUUAGCUUUGUUGAGGUCAAAGUUGGGGCAUUUUGCUGGUAGGAAUUUAGUAGCAUGCACGUUGAGAAGGUGGUCUAAUUGUGAUGAUAAUUUAAAUAUCAACUUGUGAAAUGAUCUAAUUGUAGAUGUUUGGGAAAUUUACUCUUUGCUUUGAUCUCAUUGCAGCCUUUGAAAGUUUAUUUUCUCGUGUCAUUUCAUUAAUGCUUACUUAUUGCUUUAGAUUUUCUUUUUUCUUGGAAACUUGUAAACCUUGAUGGAAAGGCAAUGAGAAUGUUUUGAAUUAUAUGUUGUGUUGAUGAUUGCGUAUAGGUGUUCGUAUGGUACAGCAAGUUAUCGUUGUUGGGUGUAAUUCGGAUCGUUGAAUCCCUUUAAUGUUCUUGGUUUCAUGUGGCAUAUAUAUAUAUAUAAUCUGCUUGGAUCUUUGAA